GGCUAUGGACAAUUUCAACAACCGUAUCGACCAGCGAAGACGAAAUACUGUCGACGGCGUCGCGGGGUCAUCUCGACAGGACACUCCGGCAUCCCCCCGAAAGACGGAACAAGAGGGAGGAACAGAUAACAGCGCUCGGACCUCAGAAACGCAAAAGCAUCGACGAGACACAUCGACAGGAAGUUCCUGGGCUGCGGACCAUGUGCACCGUGGAGGAUCUAUAGCGCCAGAAGCUCCAAAGGCCGAUACCGACCGGGGCGAUGAAAAGGGAAUCGCUCGCCAGGAAAGCGCCGACUAUCUUAGCCAGAACGGGUUCCCCAGCCAACGCAGGAUGGACGGCGAGAAAGGCGGUCAGUUCUCGCUCACAGCAGACCAGACCUUGGGGAUGGUCUUCGAGCACUCCGUCAAGGGCUCGGAGGAUGCAGAGCAUCGUACGACGUCGCGGACAUCCUUGGUGGAAGUUUUGGAAGGCCCCGAGCUCGCUUCCGCGUUGCAUCAGUGGUCGCGGGACACAUCACCCCCCCGGAGCCAGGACAAAGACCAGGAACGGGUGUUGAAGUUAUCUCCGGCCAAGAUGCAGGAACUCACUGCAUCGCCCCAGUCUAUUCCCUAUCGUGCAGCGGCCGAGGAGUCCAAUCGUGGCCGACUCGGACGCGCCGUGUCGGAUGGGACGCAUGCAGCUCUGUCGGAGGUUAAUCACUCCGUCGCGCCUCCCCCGGACGAGACGAAAAUCAGCGACAGCAUUCCCAGGCUCCGGCCCAAAGACCUCUCGAUCGAUGUCUCCGCCGGAACGACAGCGAAGUCCACAUCAACAGCGCGCAGUCGACCGCCAUCCUCCCGCGCCGUAUCCACGCCCAACUCAUCACGGCGUCAGACCAUGCCGGCGAAUAAUGAUCGCUUGGCCCAGACAUGGGCAUCCCGCAUGAAGCCAGAGCGCCCAUCCAUCAGCCGGGAGCCCGAGACGAAAUAUCUCAGUCCGUCGCCGCAGAUCGGCGAGCUGCCUCUGCCUUCACCCAUGCCUCCCUCCAUUCCUCUCCCCCCGUUAUCCGUCCCGACAUACCUGCAACUAGAGCUGGCCUCGGGUCGUCCUUCUCCGCUCUACAUCCACCGCUCUGCAAUGAGCGACUUCCCCUACGAAUCAUCUCGAGUCAAGCUGGAGCGACUGUCGAAUUUUUUAAUGCUGCCUCCGACGUUGGAGCGGGUGCUUUGGUUCGGUACAUUAGCGUGUCUGGAUGCAUGGUUGCAUUCCUUUACUAUCCUUCCUCUUCGUUUUCUCAAAGCACUUUAUAUUCUGUUGGAGUCGUGGGCCCUCAACCUGGGCGUAGAGUUCCACUUCGUGUGGGGCUUCGUCAUCAAAGGCGUUGGACGCGUGUGGCGGAGACGGAACCGGGCGUCGUCCGUGGAUGAGGCACGGGGCGAACCAGGGCGAACGAUCUCAGAGAAGCAGCAGAAUGGGUCGGCCGAGCGAGAGGUCCGCAGCAGGACCGCGGAAUCGCGCAGGCGACACAGGCAUCGGCGGCAGAAGAGCAUCCCGUCGGCCCUGAUGCCGGAUGACAAGGCGGACAUUCUCAAGGGGCUGCUCAUGAUCACGACGUGCUGCGUGCUGAUGUACUUCGAUGCCAGUCGGAUGUAUCACUGGAUCCGAGGACAGGCGGCCAUUAAACUAUAUGUGAUUUACAACGUGCUGGAGGUCAGUGACAGACUGUUCGCUGCCAUCGGACAGGACGUGCUCGAGUGUCUGUUCUCGCGGGAAGCUCUCGAGCGUCGCCCCGACGGGCGCAGCAAAGUCUUUCGGCCGUUUGGGCUGUUCUUGCUGGCACUGGGGUACACGGUGAUUCAUUCCACGGCGCUGUUCUAUCAGGUGAUGACGCUGAAUGUGGCGGUGAACUCGUACUCGAACGCGCUGAUCACGCUGUUGCUCUCCAACCAGUUCGUGGAGAUCAAGUCCACGGUGUUCAAGAAGUUUGAGAAGGAGAACCUGUUCCAGCUCACGUGUGCAGAUGUGGUCGAGCGCUUCCAGCUCUGGCUGAUGCUAACCAUCAUCGCGUCGCGAAACCUCGUCGAGACGGGCGCCUUCAACAUCCUCGGAAGCUUGGGAUCCAGCCUGGGGGGCUACACGUCGACGGUGACGAACAGCACGCCUCUCUCAACACCCCCGCGGACAUCGUCGUCCAUCUUACCGCAGGCCUUCACUAUUGUUCCAUCAUCGAUCAUCGCAUCAUUCAGCCAAGUCAACACGUACCUGCCAACCCUAGCGCAGGUACUCGGCCCGUUUUUGGUUGUGUUGGGAUCGGAGAUGCUAGUCGACUGGCUCAAGCAUGCCUACAUCGGUAAAUUUAACAACACCCGGCCGGCCAUCUACACUCGGUUCCUCGAUAUUCUCACGAAGGAUUACUACACCAACGCAUUUGCAGACCAGAACUUAACUCGCCGACUGGGGCUGCCGGUCAUCCCGCUGUCGUGUCUUUUCUUCCGCGUGUCGGUCCAAACGUAUCAGAUGUUCAUCACCGCCUUGUUGCCCCAACACCCAUCCUCGACAGCGGUGGAGGCCACGUCACUAUCUGCCAUCCACCGCCAGUACGUGCCCGCUCCCCUGCCCUCCCCACCCCCCUUAACCCUCCGCAACAUCAUCCCGACAUCGACCGCCUACGCCGGCGCUUUCUUCCGCCAGAUCCUCGCAAACGCCAUGCCCUCACCCGCCCAGUCGGUAUAUAUCUUCACCAUCGUCCUCAUCCUCACCGGGUUCGUCGUCCUACUUAUCUUGAAACUCCUUCUGGGCAUGGUUCUGCUAGCGUACGCGCGAUCGCGGUACAAGGCCAUGAAGCUGCGCGAAGCCGAUCAGGCCCAUCCGCAUCCGUCGGGCGGUGCAGGUGAGCCCAGCGGGGCGCCCCCUCGGGGAAGAGAAUUCGCGGUCGAGGGUAGUCGGCGUGUUGGUGGCUGGGGCGUCGUCGAGGUUAAUGAGGAUCAACGACGAUGGAUUUAUCUCGAUGAUCCCGAGGGUCUGCGGAGGCUGAAGGCCAAAGAGGAGAAAGAUAAGAAUACAAAGGAGGAUAUGAAUAUGGAUCAUGUUCAGCGGUAUGAGAUGGUUGCUAAGCGGAUUUGGUGA